AUGAUUAUUUUAAUCUUUCUAACUUUCAUUCACUUAACUGUGAACUAAAAAAUUGAAUAGACAUAUUAGAAAGUAUAAGGUGUUUAAUCUUUCUAAAUAAAGAAUUUAACAAAAGAUGGUUUUCCUUAAAGAUCAAAGAUUAAAAUAUCUCUUACAUAUUUUGAUGGAGAAAUACCUAUUCUUUUAUUGUGUUUAAAUAAACCAUAUGCUAAUAUGUCAAUGGACUAUGAUUCAAUCACAAAGUAAAAAAAAUCAUAAGUUAUAGAGAAUAAUGUUAUUAUGAUGCUAAUGCAUAUGAAGAUAAUAAUAAAAAGUAGAUUGUUUCUCUUUAAGAUAAAUUAGUUAUGAAAAAAUAUCAUAAGAAUUUCAAUAUAUAUGAAUUUUUAGAAAAUAGUAUAUUUGUUGGAGCAAUCUCAAAAUUAUAAGCAUCAUAUAUAAUUUAAGCAGAAAUAAUUUCAAUAUAUUCUUGUUCAAAGUAAAGAAAUUAAAUAAAAUUAGAGAAUGUCGAAAUGGAGGAAGUUGUUUUUAUGGAGUAUGUGAAUGUUUAAAAGGAACAUUUGGAGAUGAUUGCAGUAUUUAAGGUUUAGAUAUUUUGUAAUAAUCAACUCUUUCAUCAAAUUAUUUAUAUUAUUUGGAUAUUAAAUAAUUAACUGGAGCGACUUUUUUAAGAAUCUUAUCAAACUCAAUCCCUCUUAGACAAUAAUGUUAUGCUGAUAAACCUUAAAUUAAUCAUGGAACUUAAAUAUUAACUAAUUUGCUAUAGAUUGAUCAUGAUAGGAUAUAAAAUUGCAAAAAUAUUACACUUUAAGUUGAGGAAUAGAUGAAGGUAUAACAAACUCCAUAUUAUUUAUUUAAAAUUUCUGAUUAAAAUAGUGUAGAAAUAUUUGAGAACAAUGUCUAAGAAGUAGGCAUAUCCAAAAUUAUGUUAAUUGUAUUCAUCCCUUUAUCAAUAAUAUUAUUCUUAUUAAUUAUUUGUUGUUGUUAUAAGAUGUUUAAAAAUAACUCAAAUUUAUAAUAAUAAAAGUUAUAAACAGAACCAAUUCCUACAUAUGUUGAUAUAUAUAUACCUACUUACAAAUUUUAAGAAAUUAAAGAUACUGAUAUUCAUUCAAUGAGUAUAGAUCAUUAGUAUUGUUCAAUUUGUUUAGAAAGAUUCGAUUUAUUAAAUACUGUUAAAAUUACUUACUGCAAACAUUUGUAUCAUUCUAAAUGCUUAAAACUCUGGAUAGAAAAGAUUAAAGUAAUUUAAUUAUCAAAAUAGGUCUGUCCUCUUUGUAGAGCUCCAUUAGAUGAAUAAACAAUUUUAUCUAUGCAACCUCCAAAAUCUAUGACUCUAAUUGAUUAGAUAACAAAUAAAAGUUCCAACAAAUUAAAACCAUCUAAUGGAUCUCUAAGUUUUUUCAAUAACCAUAACCUAACUAGGUUCUAAAAUAUAAAUUAUCAACGAAGUUUAGUUUGCAUCGAUUAAUGA